AUGGCUAUCGAUAUUGCAGAUGAGAGCGCAGCUUCGCGGUCCCGCAAGAGCGAAGCUCUCAAGCGUGCCGAACAAUGGAUGACCAAGGGAGGCAUUAUCCGCGACGAUUCCGACGAUGAGCUUGGUAAGGAUGACCUUCCGUGGGAGUGGAUAUUCGAUGUCGACAUCAACGAUGCGAACGAAUCCAAAAAUACGCCAGAGCCUUCCCGCGGGACGCCAAAAGCCUCCCGAAGGCGCUCCUCUCGCCAACCACAACGGAAGAUCAUCGGAGCUCGCAUGGGCUCUUUUGAGUGCAAGUUGGGCGAGGUUAUUCUGCUGAAAUCUCCGGAACCUGGAAAGGACUGGGUGGGCAUUAUUACGCAGUUCCGUGAGGAAGAAGAUGACGAGGAAGACGAGCCCAUCAAGUCCGCAAACAUUAUGUGGUUUGCCUCCCCGGACGAGUUCAUAUCGACAAGAAACAAGCGGAGAACCGAUGCGUUGCCAAAUGAGCAAUAUCUGACGACAGACUUCAAUGUUAACCCGCUGACUUCAAUAAACGGAAAAGCUCAAGUCAUGUCUAAAGAUGCCUUCUUUGCGCGGUACCCGAACGGCACCCCGCCAAAAUCGAAGGAAGAAUUGGUCGAAUACAACAAAUGCAUUGUUUGUCGGAGAGGGGUCAGUCAACUGCAAGGGCGAUAUACUGAGGAAUUUUUGUGGGAAGAUGUCUACCAGCAGGAUCAGAUCCAUGACCUUGUUGACCUGAUCAAAGAUGGCUUGAAAGCAGCCAAAAAACGAAAACAAGUGGACACUGACUAUGUCGAAACAAAAGACACUGUCGAUGAGGCGCCGAAGACUCCAAGGAAAAAGCAGAAGGUAGCAAACGCUACGCCACAGUCUCGGCGCCAGAAAGCGAUGACCACUCCGUCCCAUAGAAGAAUUAUCGUCAAGAAGCCUCUCGAAUUCACGCCUCUUGGUACACGCGUGCUGUCACCAACCCAUUUUGCUUCGCCAUACCGGCAGGCACGCAAUCUCCUCCAUGUUUCGACGGUUCCCGACUCACUCCCAUGCCGGAAGACGGAGUUUGACACAGUAUACAGCCACCUCAGUGCUGCCAUUAUGGAGGGAACCGGCACCUGCAUCUACAUAUCUGGAACACCGGGAACCGGGAAAACAGCCACUGUCCGCGAGGUUGUUGCACAGUUAAACUCUGCGGUCCUUUCAGAGGAAAUGGAUGACUUCAUAUUCGUGGAGAUAAACGGCAUGAAAGUCACUGACCCCCAUCAAUCCUAUUCUCUACUUUGGGAAGCAUUGAAGGGAGAUCGGGUAUCACCUUCUCACGCCCUUGAUUUGCUGGAUCGCGAGUUUUCCCAUCCCUCACCCCGAAGAGUAUCUUGCGUUGUUCUUAUGGACGAGCUAGACCAGCUGGUCACGAAGAACCAAUCAGUCAUGUACAACUUUUUCAACUGGCCGGCCCUUCGCCAUUCGCGUCUCAUUGUUCUUGCAGUCGCAAAUACUAUGGACCUCCCGGAGCGAACUUUGAGUAACAAAAUCUCGAGUCGUCUCGGUUUGACACGCAUCACGUUUCCUGGUUACACACAUAACGACCUGAUGGAAAUUAUCACCACUCGGUUAUCAAAUGUACCAGGGAAUAUCGUCGACCCAGAUGCAAUUCAAUUCGCGAGUCGCAAGGUGGCCGCCGUCAGUGGUGAUGCUCGACGCGCCUUGGAUAUCUGCCGACGGGCGGUUGAAAUCGCAGAACAGGCUAGCGAAGUCGUCCCGGUCGAAGACAUAGAUGGAGACGAUGAUACCGAAUCUCUCCCUCCAACACCUAGCAAAACUCCCGCGCGGAAAGAAAGAGCAAAUGCAAAGCAGGCCCUUUCACGCGCCAAAGCGGGAUCGCCACAGAAGCCCACCUCCCAAAAACAACCAACAGGGCGAGUCACCAUCGCAACCAUCAAGCAAGCUAUCCAAGAAGCGACCUCGACACCGCUCCAACAAUCCCUCCGCUGUCUCCCUCUCUCCGCGAAACUUUUCCUUGCCGCCCUCCUAGCCCGCGUCCGCCGAACGGGCAUCACAGAAUCCACUUUCGGCGAUGUGAUGGAUGAAGCGAAACGAAUUGCCGAUGCCGCAGUGGCCGUUGCAGGAGCCGCCGGCGCAGGGAUCAAAGACUUCCUCCUUGCUGGCGGCAACGGAGCCCGUGUCAGGGCGUUGGGUUUCGCAGCGAUGGAGCUCAUGAAUUCUGGGAUUCUUGCUCUGGAGACUAGCUCUAGAGGUGCCCUAGGGAGCGCGGCUAUUCCGAGUCGAGGUGACCGCAGUGGGAAGGUGAGGCUCAGGGUUGCGGCGGAGGAUGUCCGGGCUGCGUUUCGGGAUGAUGUCGAGGCGAAGGGGCUGGGACUGGGGAUGGAAACUUGA